AUGCGCGACACAUUCUUCGGCAUCAAGACCGAGCCACAGAGACCAACAUCGGUGGCGACGGAGUUCAUGGACAUGGAAUGGGACGACGAGGUUCUUAGCGAGUUCGAGGACAACUCUCCUCGCAUCAGCGUCAAUUCUUCCGGCGGCCAGCCAAGCAUCACAACACUUUCAUCCUACGAUGAGGUGCAAACGCCGAGGUCAAGUCAAGGUCGGAUGAUGUACGCUGGGGAGGUCGAAUCAUCAAGCAAGAACAUUGAGGGCCCAUCCGGCCCGCACCUGUUCCGUGCUUCCACCUCGAGCUACUUUGACGAGGCCAUCUUGACUCUCUCUCCCGUCACCCCGAAGACGGCGCGGCCGUUCGAUGAGCCCUUUAGGCACAUCCGGCCGCAACAACCGCCGAUGCCCCAGUCUAGACACCAAAGUGGCCCCUUCCAGUUCACGUACGAAGAGUUCGAGUCAAAAGAGCUUGUCUCGUGGACCCCCGAGAUGGUUGCGCAGUCUAUGCUUAAUGCUGGCAUUGAGCUCUCGGUUGCCGGCCGCUUCGUGGAGAACGACAUCAACGGACCCAUCCUAAUCACGUUGAAGUUUGAGGACCUGAAGGAAUUGGAUAUCCCGUCGUUUGGCAUGAGGACGCGCGUUUGGAACCAGAUUCAAGUGUUGCGAGACAGCAGGCCGAGCUCGCCCCGCGCCCCGACACCAAUCCAAGAUGAGCCCAGCCGGGAGGUCAAGAAGGAGACGCGUGAGGUCAGGACAGUGGAACGGCAGACGGACGACUGCGGGUUGAAGAGGAGAAAGAGCAGCCGGAGGAGGCCCAAGAAGCCGUCCCACGACGACAUCAUCACCCCCAUGGAGUCGGUGUCCAUCGUCGGCAUCGAGCAGGUCGUCCCCAAGCCCCAUCAGUGCCCAAAGGGAGAGAACUGCUCCAAGUACAGGAAACAGCAACGUCUAAUCGAGGCGUUCAGGAAGGAGCACCCUUUCGUGGACCUCGACACGGAGCAGGUCGUCAUCACGGGAAACCCCGGCAACCCGCAGACUGCCAGAGCCUUAGACCCCAACCAGAUCCUCCGACCCGUCUCCGACGCCGUCCCGUCGGUGGUCGCUUCUUCCGAUGUCUUGGGCCCGGGCAACGCCACUCCUCUGCAGUACUUGCAGGAGGCCGCGCUCCGCAAUGUCGCCGCAAGAGACCCUCAAGACAACGUGCGCCAGUUCCUGGACUUCCAGAAGCACGAGGGCAGCACCGUCCCCCCAACCCCGCCCUUCGAGAUGACUUUCCCUGCCAUGAAGGCCCAGCCCAAGGGUCUUCGUCACCUCCCAAAGCUCUCCAUCCCGGGCACGCAAGCUCCGCGUGCCAGCCCCCUCCGAGCUUCUACCCCCGAGUCGCUCCCCACUCCUCCCCAGCAACAGCACGGCUUCGUUCCUUACCACAUGGACCGCGCCGAGGCCAUGUCGCCGGAUCUGCAAAGCCCUGCAAACCCCUACCGCUUCGGUACGCCCUUCUCUGAGAUGGAUGUUCCCGUCACUGCCGUGCCGAUGGACCGCAUUGCGCGCGACACCUCUCAGUCCGUCCCCCCUGAGAUGAACUACCGCCCAGGCGUUGUCAAGCAGCAGCCGCCCCUGAGCCACGUCUCCUCGCACCUCCGUCCGCCCCCAACAGCAGCUGCCUCUGCAAGCCCCUCCCGCGUCAACUACCCCUGGUCGCCCAUUGAGCGCACCAAGCCCUUUGAGCAGGCCAUUCCCCCCAUCCCCCACCUCGCCGGCGCCCUCCCCGUCAAGCAGGCGGUCGAGGCCGCCCAGCAGGACAGCGUCACCUUCCAGGGCCCGAUGAAGAAGCGCAAGACCAAGAUGCUCCGCCACGAGUGGAACGACACCUUUUGCACGCUCAAGGGCACGCGCCUGGCGGUCCACAAGGACGCCAAGACAAUCGACCGCACCCUCGAGUACGUCGACGUCGACGACUACGCCAUUGCGUGCUCGAGCCUGGCGUCGCAGAGCAAGCUCUCGGCCGCCUUCAAGGCCGUCCAGUUCUCGUCCCACAGCCGCGAAAAGAGCGACCCCGUCGCCGCCUUCAGCUUCCAGCUCAUCCCCCAGGACAAGGACAAGGAGGCCGCCAAGCUGCGCAAGCGCGGCAGCGCCCUGCACGGCUUCGGCCACCACCACUCGUCGAGCUCGUCGUCGAUCCCCGCCGAGGGCGUCAACGGCACGGGCAAGACGCACCACUUCGCCGUCAAGAGCCGCGACGACCGCAUCGACUGGAUGCGCGAGUUGAUGCUCGCCAAGGCGCUGAAGCAAAAGGGCGACGGCUUCGAGGUCAGCGUCAACGGCAACAUGAUCUAG